GUGAUUUAUCAGUUGCUUCAGACCCGGUGGAAGUAAGUUUGUGUAAUGGAUCCGAGAACAGUAGUGUGAUUAUCAGAGGAGGUAUGCUAAAAGUGAAUGUUAUGGCUGUUGAUCAAGUUGGAAAUCCAGUUAAUGCUACAAUUCGAACCUCUGUUAUCUCUAAAAGUGGUGUUGGUCGUCUCAAAGAAGGACAGACAGAACAAAGAGUUGGCAAUCAGUGCACAGAAAUAGAGUACAAUGUAUUCGCACAAGACAUUGCUGCUCAAGUGGAACUCUAUGCUGAUGGUCCCUGUGCUAACCUUGGAAAGUCAACACAGAGUAUAAGUAUUAUAUUUCUUUCUUGUACUUGUCCUGUUGGUUUCCAACAAACCAAUGAUACAAUCAAAUGCAUUUGUGGCUGUGAUCCAGAUUUACAACAACAUCAAAUCUCCGAAUGUUCUCAUGAUCAAGAAACAGUUCGACUCGAAACUAACAUAUGGAUAGGGGUUGAUAUUAGCACAACACUCAAUAUGACAAGCUACAUAGUUAGCGACUGUCCAUUUGAUUAUUGUGUAGAGAAACCAUUUGAUGUUGUUCUUGGCAAUCAAAACGAGAUAGACAGACAGUGUGACUACAAUCGAUGUGGUAUCUUGUGUGGAGAAUGUAAGGAGGGACUCAGUCUUGUUUUAGGCACGUCAAAAUGUUUUGAAUGCUCAAAUCUCUUCCUCUCCUUGUUAAUUCCUUUUGCUGUAUUAGGUGUAGCACUGGUUGCAUUCAUUCUCCUGCUUAAUAUCACCAUAGCUACUGGGACCAUACAUGGACUCGUUUUUUACGCGAAUGUAGUUGCAGCAAACAGAGCAUUGUUUCUACCACGUGACACCUCAACUUUUUUGAAAGUUUUCAUAAAUUGGAUCAAUCUUGACUUGGGAAUUGAGACAUGCUUUUACGAUGGAAUGAACUCUCAAGCGAAAGUUCUUCUUCAACUUGUCUUUCCAGCAUAUCUGUUUCUUUUGAUGUUCUUAAUAAUAAUUUUGAGCAAGUACUUUGACUCAUUUGCAAAGCUCCUCUCCAACAGAAACCCAGUUGCUGCCCUCGGCACACUCAUCCUACUCUCUUAUUCCAAACUUUUACGGUUUAUCAUUGCUGCAUUGCAGUCCACAGCUUUAGCAUGGAAUCGUUUGGUCCUAUACUGGUAACGUGCGCUACUUCAGUCGAGAACACAUCCCUCAGUUUGUUGCUGCUAUCAUAAUCCUCGCUGCUUGUGGAUUGUUCACUGUACUGCUGUUCUUUGGACAAUGGUUUCCUCUCUGUUCCAAAUGGAAGCUUAUGAAAUGGACCAAGAACACAAAGUACAUAGGCUUCAUGGACGCAUACCAUGCUCCAUUCACUCCCAAGGAUCGCUACUGGGUGGGACUGCUUUUCUUUGCUUUGAUUAUCCACAAUCUAGUGACUGCAUUCUCACCAAACCCAUACCUACCUGUUAUAUCAGCUGGCUGCUUACCAGUGGGAAUUAUCGUGCUCAAAUCAUUACGUAUUAGAGUGUUCAAAAAGUGGUUGAACGAUUUCGUGGAAACACUGUUUCUACUCAAUAUCAUUUUCCUAGCCUUUGGUACAUUGUAUUUCACCAUCAAAAAUGUGUGAGCAACAUUGGUCGUGACGAGAUUAGCAAUGGCCAUGCAUUAGCAAACACUUCUAUUGGCAUCGCAUUCAUCCUCUUUCUAGUGAUUGGUGUCGGCUACAACUUUUACCAAUUUAUUAUGAAAAAAACCGAUGUCUUCCAGAAGCUAUCACAUUCAUUGAGAAAUGUAGCUCUCGGAAUAAAGUCUCAGUGGAAAGCUCGAAUUGUUGAUGGACAAGAAAAGAACAAAUCGUAUGCAAUGGUCGGCCUACCACGAAGCUCCGAGUACCACUCUUACACCGAUGGAGCCGGUAAAAUCACAAGUUCUGAUGAGCUGAGACUGUCGUACAUCGAUGAACUUGCCCCAGUGGUUGAAGGUGACUACAUAACAAACCCUUCUACAAAAAUUCGAUCUGAAAUCUCGGUAACACAU